UCCUCAUUUCCAUGUUGCUUCCUAACCAGCAAAAUGGAGUACUUUUUUCCAAGUCAGAAAGAGUGUUCUUUAAUUUCUUGCUAACACGAAAAUACAUGGAAGUUUUUUUCUUUUAAAGAUCAAAUCUAGCUCCUUUCUUAUGUUGACACCCAAUACCAGCCCGGAACCAACAUGACCCCACCCAGACCUGCCCAGCCGGACCCAAAAGGAAAUAAAAAUGCAAAAAUGCCAUUAAACACGAUUUCUACAAAUAAUGAAAAAAAAAAAAAAGACUCAACUUAUAAUGUAAAGUCAAUGAGAGUCUAUGUUUGUUCUGAUAUUGAGUUCUUCUCCUUGUUUACAAGAUAGAGCUUGUCUAACCGUCCUGGAUCCUGAACUUUAGCUGGUACUAGCUAGCUAGUGCAUGCAGAUAAGUGGAAGAAUCUGAGGUUUGCCUUCAUGGGCUUGUGCAAUAGUGGAGGAAUAAAAUCAGGGAGCUCAGUGUUCGAUGAUAUGAAUGCUCUGUUCUACAAUGGACUGCCAUUUUCUACGUAAUUUCAUUAAAUCAUUAAUUUCUCAUUAUUUGAAACAUUUUCAUGGCAACUAAAUAUUUUAUUUGAAUCCACUUAUAUAUAUACAAAUGUUGAUUCUGGUUAAUUAGAGUGGUAGGAAAUUGUUUAAGCUUAAAUAGAAGAUUUUGAUGUUACCCUUUUCAGGGCAGAAAAAAUCAAAACUGUUCUGAUUUUUACUUCACCCCAAGUAGGUCCAUUUUUACAACAUGUAGGAAAUUAUUCAUAUUUGUGGUCUUUGCUGUAUGCCAAUUUUUUGUUUUUAACGAAUUGCAAUUUAAUCUAAUAGUGGUUGAGUUUCACAACAUUUCUUACCAUAUUGUUCUCUUUACUGUUAACUUCUCAAGUCUGCAUCACUUAGUCUAGUCCUCCUUGAAACAAUGAUUAUAGGCAGAAUAUGGUACCUUGAAUUGUCUAGUGUGAACUCUAAAUUUUCUGACGAAGGUGGGAAAAGUACAAAGACAAGUGCCAAGGUCUUAACGGUGACAUUGCCUUCAACUCCCCAAUCAAAGGGUGAAAUUCUAGAGUCAUCCAAUUUGAAGAGCUUUUCCUUUGUUGAACUACAAAAAGCUACAAGGUACUUUCAUCGAAACAAUUUAUUGGGUAGAGGUGGUUUUGGUAAUGUCUACAGAGGAUUUGUUAAUCAAGAUUCAUUAGAUGCUGCGAGUCCUAAGACAGGCAUCAGUAUUGCUGUAAAGAAGAUGUACCAGAACGGUUGUCAAGGCCAACAAGAAUGGCUGACAGAAAUCAAAUACUUGGGGCAACUCUGCCAUCCAAAUCUUGUGAGGUUGAUAGGCUACUGCACACAGGAGGAUCACCGACUUUUAGUGUACGAGUUUAUGCCCAAUGGCAGCUUGGACAAGCAUCUAUAUAGAAAGGAUGCUCGCGAAAAACCCCUCUCUUGGGAUCUUCGUAUGAAGGUUGCCCUUGGUGUUGCCAAAGGUGUAGCCUUUCUUCAUAACGAGGCCGCACAAGUGAUAUAUCGAAACUUAACAACUUCCAAUAUCCUGCUUGAUUCUGACUUCAAUGUCAAAAUCUCUGGUUUCGGGUUGGCCAAGGAUUGGCCAGUGGAUGAUAAAACCCAUGUUACUACAAGGGUCUUGGGUACAACAGGCUAUACUGCCCCUGAGUAUAACCAGACAGGUCAUCUAACCAUAAAAUCCGACGUCUAUAGUUUCGGUGUUCUUCUUCUUGAACUAAUAUCUGGUCGGCCAGCUGUAAAUCCACACUUGCCGAAUACAGAAAAGUAUUUGGUACUAUGGGCAAUGCCUUUUCUUAGCAACAAACGCAAGGUUUUCGGAAUUUUUGAUGUUUGCCUUGAAGGUAAAUAUGUUCUGAGUGGAGCUCUAAAAGCAGCAGACCUUGCACUACGAUGCCUAUCAAAAACACCUCAUACUAGACCAACAAUGGAUGAAGUGGUAAAGGUACUGGAGCAGAUAAUAUCUGAAAAAUAUCAGCAUAAUUUUCCACCAUGUUUCAUAUGAGCUUCACUUGUACACAACGGGAAAGUUGUGCUUGUGUUGUGUGUCAGUAUCUUUGUCAAAAGAAUUGCAUGCAUCUAGAAAUGCCCAGAUUGCAUUGGGCAGUUUUGUAAUUAAUUGAUAGUAUAUGAAUAAAAUGGUGGACUAAGUAAUUCUUUUUGCGUAA